GCCAGCAAUAUGGAUCUUACGUGGCUCGCAGAGGCAAGGGACGCGGUGCGUCAAAGCCAGGACUGGCGGCUCCUCCAGAACAGUAUUUACACCCGCGUACAAACAGUCCUCAAGCAGCACAAGACCAAGUACUUUUCCGACCUUGGCGACGACGAACGGGCGCUUGUGAUGGCGCAGGUCGAACUUCACGUGGCCGACGACGCGGCGCACAGCGGCUUCCUCCAACACAUCACCAACGUUCUCGAUCAUCAUCUCAGCAAAGCCGUCGAGAGUGCGUACGCUACGGCACCGGAUAAGGCGACCAAGAAAACCUUGCUGCUCGAUGCAGCCGCCGACGCCGCCGCGACCCUCGUCGUGGGGCUGCCCCCCGAGCAGCGCAGUUUGCUUCGUCUCCUUCUCAACACGCCCUUUCCGAUUGCCUUUCGCCGCCACGCGUGGCAGCUUUUCUUAUCGGACGCACCACUGCGGGUGCGGUACGACGCCGCUUGCGCAUUGGACCGCGUCUCCACCAUUUCGCUGCUGGACGCAGACAUUACCGACACGUGCCACCGCAUCCUCGAGGCGUCUUCGCCGCUAAUGGAGACGACGACACCCCGCGAAACGUGGAUGAUCAUGAAGACGGUUCUCUCGUAUGCCCAUGCGACAGGAGCUAUCACCAACCCGCACGACGACGCAAUGUACGCUCUCUGUGUACCUCUACUGCUGGUGUACGGCACGACUUCGGUCUCGGCCCUCGUGGAAGCCUACUGCGUCCUACUGCGUCUUCCGCGGCCGCGGCUACCAGACGCCGUAUCAUCGUGUCUGGACGCACUGCAUCGCGUCCAUCCACCACUCCAUACCCACUUGGUCUCGGUUAUGGGCCCGACCACGUCGCAGGCGUGGCUACCGCUGCUGACUCCGUUUGUGGAGCAACUCUUUGUCGGCGUGGCCACCAAGAGCGUGCUGCUGUUUGUUUGGGACCAGCUCUUCCUCGUUGGGGCCGAUCGACUCUUGCCCGACCUCGUCGCACUCGCGCUCGUUGCUCUCGAAGGUCCGUUGCUGCGUGCGCAGUCGCUCGAUGACGUGCUGCGCGCCGUGCACCAACCGACGCUGCAAGUCUCGACACUGCAAGAGCUUCUCGAGACAUUUAGUCUUCCCACCAUCCGGCAGGACCUGCAGUUGAUCAAAGAGACCGACUUUUUCAAGCCGGCACUUGAGAGCCCUGCACCCGUCGUUGAGGCGCCCAGCGUCGAGCUCGAUGCCACGAAUGCACUCACACCGCUCUUGCUGGACGUUGCCAAGACGCUAUGUGGAGUCUAUACCCGCGAUGCCGACUACGACAAACGCGGCCACCAAGAGCAGACCACGCACGCUGACAAUGCCAAUGCGUUUCGACCACUGCUACGCCAAGUGGCGCAGACGCUUUCAGGAGUGUUUACAUCCAGCGAUGACAUCUUUGGUCGUCAGGCCGUCGCCGACGAAACCCGGCAGCGCGACCUCGUGGCGCAGAGCCAAAAGACAGCAUUUGGCCGGACAUACACCCCGAACGAGAUUGGCCAGCUCAGUGGAAAAGCCAAAGCAGCGUACGAAAAGCGACUGCCCAAGUUUCACGCAGCGUACGCAGCGCUCAACCAGCGGUCGUAGAGGCUGUCUACUCGGCUGGCAGCGUUUCGCUCGAGGACAAGCGACGAGCAUUGACUCCUUCGUUGCGCAUUGCACGCUUCUUCGGGGGCUCUAGUCCACGUACCAUAAGACGACUUUUCCAAC